UUUCUGUUUCUUGCUGGAGACUAUUGAAUUCUAGCUCAAUUGUCUUGGUAGCUUUGAAGCUUUUUUGUCUUCGGCAUUUUGAAUUGUAAUUCAUUGUUUGGUUGCCUAGAAACUGGAGGGAAAUUUUGACACUGUUGUUUUUGUUCUCUUGGGACUAAUUUUGAAAAGUGUGGAGGGACUCGGACUUAAUUAUGUUGAGUCCUCUUCGACUUUCUGAGCAACCAAACAACAAAAGGAGUCUUUGAAUUUUCGUUCCAUUUUUCGUUUCCUUCGUUUUUACGGAAGCAAUCAUGGCAUAAUGUGAAAAAUGGAAAGAAAUCAAAGACUCCUUUCUCAGAAAUCGGUUUGAUACGCCACACGCUUCAUGUGCACACCCGUACGCGUCAUUCGUGUGCUCUCUUCCUUUAUAAGUGUGCUCUCUUCCUUUAUAAAAACCACUCGAAUUAACACCAUUCCGCUCCGUCUUUCUGUCGCUUUCUCAGGAAAAUCAACAGUCCGAAAAAAAAAAAAGGAAAACAUGAUCGGACCGACCUUCGUCGACGAGAUAGACUGCGGUAGUUUCUUUGACCACAUCGACGACCUCCUCGACUUUCCUACCGAGGACGACGAGUGCGGGCUGCCUCCUGCGGACUCCAACUCAUUCCCAAGCAUCUGGUCCACUCAAUCCGAGCCGAUUCCGUGUUCCGAAUCGGUGUUCUCUAACAACAGCAGCUCCGACCUCUCCGUCGAGCUCUCUGUUCCGUAUGAAGACAUUGUGCAACUGGAAUGGAUUUCAAACUUUGUUGAGGAUUCUUUUUCCGGAGGAAGCCUCACAAUGAACAAGGACUCUUCCCAUCAACAAUUCCAGAGUUCUAGUCCAGUUUCUGUCCUGGAAAGCAGCAGCUCCUGCUCAGGAGAAAAGACCGCGCCACGCAGCCCUGAAACUGUUGUCACUGGAAAAUGUGGACGUGUUCGUAGCAAGCGUCCUCGCCCUGCAACCUUCAAUCCCCGCCCAGCAAUUCAAUUCAUAUCACCUACUUCCUCAACUAAGUCUAAGGCCCCAUCCGAUUCCGCUGAGUCUAUACUUUUGAUCAAGAUACCAAAGCAUGCUCUCUCUGGCGAACGUAAGAAGAAAAAGAAAAUCAAAUUGUCCCUCCCUGCUGCUCCUACUGAGGCGAACCAGAACCUGCCAUCGCAAGCAGUUAGGAAGUGCAUGCAUUGUGAGAUAACCAAGACUCCACAAUGGAGGGCAGGGCCCUUGGGGCCAAAGACCCUUUGCAAUGCUUGUGGUGUUCGGCAUAAGUCGGGAAGGCUCUUCCCUGAAUACCGUCCAGCAGCAAGUCCAACAUUUGUUCCAUCCUUGCAUUCCAAUUCCCAUAAGAAGGUUCUUGAGAUGAGAAGCAAGGGUGACAGUGACGUUGCUGGGACUGCAUCAAAGAUGGAAAAUUUUCACUCCUGUUUUGAUUCCCAAUGAUGCAUUGGAUUACAUGCGAGGGGGGAUGCAACGCCCUAUAUCCUCUCUCGCGCGCUUAUGUUAUUUAUUUAUGGUUAUUUCAUUUCUUUGUUCAUUGGGUUCUGUACAGGGAAGGGAAGGGAAGGAAUGGGGGAAAUAUAAGCUUUAGAUGACCAUAUUUUUAGAUAGUAGAAAAAGGGUUUUAAUUAGAGACCUGAAAGAGUUUAGAGAGAAUGGAGGGUUAAGGGUUAGUGCAGUUUUAGGUUUGGUAAUGAGUAGGUUUUGAAGCUUUUUAGGUGUUGGAGUCUGUUGUAUUCUUUCUGGGUUCUUUUCUUCUUUGUUUGCAGUCUCAUUUGUUAGUAGAAAUCCUGAAAUGCGUAAUGAAAUUAAGAAUUAUGAUUCAUUAACA